AUCGCAUCGCCGGUUAAUUAUUUUUAAUUUUUCGUCAUUGUACCAAAAAUUAAGAAAGACUCACUCCUCUCUCUUCUCUCUCUCUCUCUCUCUCCAUUUCUCGAUUCUGUCUAUUUUCUCUCGCAUUUCAAAAUUUCAUUUCCUAAUAUAGGAGAGAUUACAUAGAUUCUUUUAAGGUCGGAGAUUUUUUUUUUUUGUGUGAGUCCACAAAGUUUCGCUAUUCCGCCGUCAGUUUCAUUUUCUCCAACUCCAGAGGCUGUGUUUUCCGCCGGUAAACUUCAUUGUAUGGCGAGUAAUACUUUAAAAGAUAUGAAUAGUCUUCAUGUAACGGAGAAGAUAAGUGAUUGUAAAGCAAGCUUAGCUAAGCCUUGUGUUGGCAAGAUGAAUGGAAAAUCUGAUGAUAGACCAUUACCAAACCCUGCCUCCUUGGAUUCCACUGGUCCUAAAGUUGUAGAAGCUGAGAAACCCGAGCCAGAGAUAGCUAUUGUGGAAGUUGAAUAUAUCGAGUCUGAGAACUUGGAUAAUGUUGACGAUGCUGAUGCAGUUCUCAAGUCGGUUUUAGCUGGACUCGAGUCCAAGGAUUGGAUUUCAGUCUGUGAUGCUCUUAAUAAUGUUCGCCGGCUUUCGAUAUUCCACAAGGAAGCAAUGCUGCAUAUGCUUGAAAAAGUGAUACCACUUGUUGUGAAGUCACUGAAAAAUCCACGAAGUGCAGUAUGUAAAACGGCAUGCAUGACAUCUGCAGACAUCUUCAGUGCAUAUAAUAAUCAUAUAACACAUCUCUUGGAGCCUCUGCUUACUCAACUCCUCCUCAAGUCUUCCCAAGACAAACGGUUUGUAUGCGAGGCAGCAGACAAAGCUUUAAUAUCAAUGACAAAAUAUGUUUCCCCAACCUUGCUGUUACCAAAGCUGCAACCUUGUCUCAAGCACAGGAAUCCUCGGAUCCGAGCGAAAGCAUCAUUAUGCUUUUCCCGAAGUGUUCCUAGACUGGGCGUUGAAGGUAUUAAGGAAUAUGGAAUCGACAAAUUAGUUCAAGCAGCUGCUUCUCAGCUUAGCGAUCAGCUCCCUGAAUCCCGUGAGGCUGCACGGACCGUCCUACUAGAACUUCAGACUGUUUAUGAAAAAGCUCAUCCUCUCAUGAAGCCCGAGACAUCGUCAUCAUCAUCAUCUCCAGAAGAAGAGCAAAUCAUUGAGCCAAUUACUUGGGAAAUCUUCUGCCAGUCAAAACUGUCAGCUCUGAGCGCACAAGCCGUGCUUCGUGUCACCAAUGUUGUGACUGUGACUGCUCGGGAGGGUUUGGUUAUUACAGGUCCAUCAUCUUCAUCUCAGUUAUAAACCUUGUCUACUACAAUUUUUUUUUUAAAAAACCCGUUUGCUACGAAUCAUACGGUUGACAUGGUGUUCUCCGGGCAUGAUCUACCAAAUUGGCAAAAUUAUGGACCGCGAAAGAGAGUGAAGGCGGUUUUGUUAAAAAUCUUGGUUUCUUAUUUUCUUUUUGUGGGUUCUAUUCAGUCGUCACCAGCACCUUUUUCUUAUGUGUAUAUAUCUACACCAAGAUUUGGUAAGAUAGUCUGAGUCUUUUGGUUUUAUUCAAAUUGGUCGGAUUCUUUGAUUGGAAGAUUCAAAGUCCAUUUUUCACA